GCGCGAAUGCUGGCUCCUCCGUCAGUCGAGAUGGAACGUUGGAAGGGUAAAGUAGCCAUAGUUACCGGAGCUAGUUCCGGAAUUGGUGCUGCAACGGCGAAGGCCCUGGUGAAAUCAGGAUUAGUCGUUGUAGGUUUGGCUCGACGGGUGGAACGAGUGGAAGCGUUAAAAUCUGAACUGGAUGAAGCAAUCCGAAUCCGUUUGAAUGCGAUUAAAUGUGACAUAUCAAAAGAGCAGGAUGUUUUGAACACAUUCAAGUUAAUCGAAGAGAAAUUUGGUGGAGUUGAUAUUUUGAUCAACAAUGCCGGCGUUUCUCGAAAUACUUGACUUCUCAAGACGGGCAACUCGGAGCAGCUGCGAGAAGUGAUUGACACGAACGUGAUGGGUUUGGUUCUGUGUAGUCAGCAGGCGUACGCAUCGAUGAAAAAGCAUUCCGUUGAUGGCCACAUUGUGCACAUAAACAGCAUUCUCGGACAUCACCUCAUCGAUUAUCCUGGGUUGAACAUAUACCCUGCUUCAAAGUUCGCUGUAACUGCCAUCACGGAAACCAUGCGCCAGGAGCUGCGCAAGGAUGGGACGAAAAUCAAGGUCACGAGCAUCAGCCCAGGAGUCGUGAAGACCGAAAUGGCUCCAGAAGAUAUUAUCAAAAAUGUACCAUAUCUAGAAGCGGAAGAUAUUGCGGAUGCUAUUCUGUACGUGCUUGGAACACCACCUCGUGUGCAAAUACACGAACUAACGAUAAAACCAGCAGGCGAAGUGUUUUAACUAUCAAAUUAUACAGCAACGUUUGAAGUCAGAUAAAUUGCUCUUAUCUACCGUACAUUUUCGAUGCUGAUUAUUUAGGGAAGAAAAAAAAAGACAGUUCAAAGAAAACGAAAACUGCAAAACAAAUUAGAUAAGCAUGCAAAGCAGAAAUCCAAUCAAUUACAAAAUGCACGAAUCGUAUAAUA